AUUCUAUCCCUUUAGAAAACAGAGGAACAAUGAAAGCCUCCGCGGCUCUGAAACCAUCGGUUGAGUGAGUUCUCAGUCCCAACUCCCAACACCUGAAAGAAAGCUUUGUUUGCGAGACAUCCACUAGGACAGAGAUGGUUGUUCCUCCUCCAGUCAGGCCACCUACUAUUACGAAGUUUCUAAAGCCUUAUGUCCUGAAAAUGCACUUUACAAAUAAAUUUGUAACUGCACAGGUCAUCCACUCGCCAACUGCCACUGUAGCCUCUUCCGCAAGCUCUCAGGAAAAGGCCUUGAAAGAGAGCUUGGAAUUGCAUCGGGAUGUUGCUGCUGCUGCAAAGAUUGGGAAGAUAUUAGGUGAGCGCCUGCUGCUCAAGAACAUCCCUGCUGUCGCUGUCCACUUGAAGAGAGAACAGAAAUAUCAUGGUAAGGUUAAAGCUGUCAUAGAUAAUGUGGUGGAAGCAGGUGUUAAGCUACUUUGAUCUAGAAGCGCAGGUGAACAAGGAAAAUUGCUAGAGUUUGCUUUUGCAACCGCUUAUGUCUUGUUGUGGUCGUGAACACAUCAAAAAAAUCUACUCUUGAUGCAAUGGACAUUUCUUCUAUUUCAGGUUGAAUACUGAUUUUGAUUCCCAUUAUAUAUUUCAUGGGAAUGCUCGUUGUUCUAACGAUAUUAAUGAUCAAAAUCUAAGGUUGGUCAAUUGCUAUGGAAAACAACGAGAAGUUUGUAUAAUUUCCAACAGAACCUCCAUCCUGUAUCAAAGAAAAGAAAAACAGAACUAGUUCCAUCCAUUCAAAUA